UCGUUUUCAUCAUAGGUAUCCCCGGCAAUGGAUUGGUGAUCUGGGUAGCUGGUCUGAAAAUGAAAAGGUCUGUGAACAUUGUCUGGUUCUUAAACCUUGCUGUGGCUGACUUCAUGUGCUGCUUGUCCUUGCCAUUUUCCAUUGUUCACCUGGCCCUCCACGAACACUGGCCGUAUGGUUUGUUCCUCUGCAAAGUCAUUCCGUCAGUCAUAAUCUUCACCAUGUUUGCUAGCAUCUUCCUACUCGUGGCCAUCAGCAUUGACCGGUGCCUCCUUGUGAUGAAACCUGUCUGGUGUCAAAAUCAUCGAACAGUGAAAUUGGUAUCACUAAUAUGCUGUGGCAUUUGGAUCCUGGCCUUCAUUUUCUGCUGUCCUGUCUUUAACUACCGUGAGACUAGCACUCAUGAUGGCAAAACUGAGUGUGGAUACAAUUUUGGAGAUGACGAAGUGCUAGAUUAUAUGGAUGAUUCUGUAAACGAGUUACUGGAAAAAUACUCAUCUUUAGCCUACCAUGCUAACGACUCAUGGGGAAAUUUCUAUGAAAGUGAUUAUUCUGUAUCCCUUGCCUUAAUGGUGAUAAACAUCACUAGGGCUGUCUUUGGCUUUGUACUCCCCUUUGGCAUAAUGGCAGUUUGCUAUGCCCUUAUUGCUUUCAGAAUGCGUGCAAAUCAGUUUCACAACAGGAUGCUGCGAACAAUUGUGCUCGUGGUAGCCGCAUUCUUCAUCUGCUGGGCUCCAUACCAUGUAGUUGGGAUUCUGUGCCUCGUACCUACUCUUGGAAGAGGGCUGAGGGAGUCAUUGAUCCUCUGGGAUCACCUCUCUACAGCACUUGCAUAUGCCAACAGCUGCAUCAACCCCCUGCUCUAUGUUUUUGUGGGGCGGGACUUCAGGGCAAAGACACAGCAAUCAGUGCAAAGAAUCUUGGAAGGCACCUUUACCGAGGAGCCAACGCACUCAAUCCCUUACUCCCUUGACAGAAGCAAGACUUCCACAGAGAAGGACGUUAGCAGCACAGUGUAAUGCAGGCCUUCUGAUCACCGCUGUAGAAAGAGUGAGCUAUGGCCCAGCACAUCUAUCAGUCUCCACUUAAAAGCUUUUUUUGCUGCAACACAUUUGAUUAAUCUGCAGAUCCACACACAGGGCACUGAGACGGUUCAGAUCAGAACGGCUAAGCCCCUUUACAUCCUACUCCAGAGAGAUGGAAAGUUGGAAGUACCAAGGGUAAUAAAUCUGAGGGAAGAUUCUGGUGAAGCAGGAGAGACAGAGUACUUUAACCUUUAAAGAAGAAAGCAGGCUUGCAGAAUGAUUUGUGGUGGGAUCAUGUAGUUUAACCUCUGAAUUGCUAGAUGAGAAUGUUAUUAGAGUUACUUGCAUAUGUCUAUGUU